CAGGCUUCAGGUGUCCUAAGGUCGGGUCUUUUAAGCUGCGCUUUUUUUUUGUAGUCGUUUGUCAUCUCGGUUCAGACUCAGGAAGACAGCGGCGGCGCAGACUUCGUUUUACAGCAGAAACCACGCAGAAUUAAAGGAUGGCGUCUAUGUUGAUGAAUUCUCUGAGGACCUGCCCGGUGAACUCCUCCAGGGCGCUCCAGUUUGCAACACGAUCUCUCAGCACAUCCGCUCCACUGCCGGCUCAAGCAAAAAGUAAGAAGACUCUGGCCAAGCCUGGAGUGAGGAACAUUGUUUUGGUCGAGGGUGUCCGCACACCGUUCCUGCAGUCUGGCACCACAUACGCUGACCUGAUGCCUCAUGAUCUGGCCAGGGGUGCCCUGAAAGGUCUGCUGAACAGAACUGCGUUCCCUAAAGAAGCUGUGGAUUACAUCGUCUAUGGAACGGUCAUUCAGGAGGUGAAGACCAGCAAUGUGGCCAGAGAGGCUGCGCUGGGUGCAGGAUUCUCAGAUAAAACUCCAGCUCACACUGUGACUAUGGCCUGCAUCUCUUCCAACCAAGCCAUGACUACAGCCGUGGGCUUGAUCGCCUCCGGUCAGUGUGAUGCGGUCGUGGCCGGCGGAGUCGAGUUCAUGUCGGACGUCCCGAUUCGCCACAGCCGUAAAAUGAGGAAGACGAUGCUGUCGCUAAACAAGGCGAAGACGGUCGGGGCCAGACUGUCUCUGCUGGGAUCUCUUCGCCUCGCACACCUCGCACCUGAGCUCCCUGCAGUGGCUGAAUUCUCCACAGCAGAAACCAUGGGUCACUCCGCUGACCGUUUGGCCGCUGCGUUCGGCGUUUCUCGGCACGACCAGGACGAGUUUGCUCUGCGCUCUCACACACUCGCCAAGAAGGCUCAGGACGAGGGUCUCCUCAGUGACAUCGUUGACUUCAAAGUGCCUGGGAAGAACAUCGUUUCCAAGGACAACGGUAUCCGGCCCAGUACCAUGGAGCAGAUGGGCAAACUGAAACCCGCUUUCGUCAAACCGCACGGAACCGUCACUGCUGCUAACUCCUCCUACCUGACUGACGGUGCCUCUGCUGUGCUGAUAAUGUCAGAAGAGAAAGCUCUUGCUAUGGGUUACAAGCCUAAAGCAUACCUGAGAGAUUUUGUGUACGUAUCCCAGGACCCUAAAGACCAGCUUCUGCUGGGCCCGACCUACGCCACCCCGAAGGUUCUGGAGAGGAGCGGACUGACGCUGGCCGACAUUGAUGUGUUCGAAUUCCACGAGGCGUUCGCUGGCCAAAUUUUGGCUAAUCUGACCGCCAUGGAGUCGGACUGGUUUGCUCAGAACUGCAUGGGCCGGAAAUCUAAGGUUGGCGCCCCACCGAUGGAGAAGUUUAACCUGUGGGGCGGGUCGCUCUCUCUGGGACAUCCGUUUGCCGCCACCGGCUGCAGGCUGGUUACUACGGUAGCCCACCGGCUUAAGAAGGAGGGGGGCCAGUACGGGCUGGUGGCAGCAUGUGCUGCAGGAGGACAGGGCCACGCGAUGCUGAUUGAAGCUUAUCCUCAGUAGGACUUGACAAUGUGACGCGGCAUCAUCUGUAACUAACAUAAACACACGCAUAGACAUACAGACGCAGUGCAGGACGGAUUCUGUAAAUAAUAAUGCACCGUAAUGCCUUGAGAGAGUAUCUGUGAAUGUGAUCUGAAUGUAUGGGCAGGUGUGCUGUUGAGGCUGUUAUCACAGGGGCGACUAUAGCAAGAAGAUCUUAUUAGCACAGUUAAACGCUCUUAAAAACAAUGGUUCUACAAAGGUUCUUUAGUAAAGAAAAUGAUUCUUUAUAGAACUGUAAACUCUCAAAAAACCCUUUGCAUGAUUAAAGGGUUCUUUGCAUAAUUACAUGGUUCAGAUUGAUGGAGAAUGUGCUGAACAUGGUAUAAAAGUUCCAUAUAGAACCUUUUUCUUUACUGAAGAACCAUUGAAGAACCAUCUUUUCAAGUGUAUGCCGUACUGACUUUUCUGAAAAUGGCUAAAUGUCAGCUUGUUUUCCUCUAUCUUGGCGUUAUAACUCAGUGAUCUCAGUUCAAACUCCUCUUUUCAGAAUUGCGUUGAUAGUUGAUUUGCUGUUAUAUCAGAUUCCAGAUCAGGUUUAGCUCUUAAUGAAGAGCCGAUAAUCAGGUCUAAGAACUAAGGACACUCACCCAGACUCUCGUGUGGAUGCCAAGGCCGACUGUUUUCAUUGUGUCUUUACUUUUUUUUCUUUUUGUAGUGAUUUUGUCAAAUAAAUAAUCUAAUUUAAAACUAUA